CAGGACCAAGAGGAUGGGAGCAGAGAUGAAAUUCAGAAUGAUGAUGAAAGUGACGAUGAAGAAGCCGAGGUUGCUGAGGAUGGCCUUUUUGAUUACGAGGUGCGCUGCACCGUGGCUUCGGGAGAGCCGGUGAAGGGCCUGGAACUACCUGCGGGUCGUGACCAAGCAGCCACGGGACCGGCAUCUUCGGACAGGAAAGUUUUCGGGCCGGAGACUUUCAAGGUGCUGAGUCUCUAUUCCACUGCUUUGCACACUUCGGGCGAGCUUCCGAGCCCUCGUUUGUUCUCAAAUCGGGCUGCUGCACGCCUGAAACUGGCGAAGUGGGAAGAGGCCUUACACGACAUCAUGGAGGCAACCAAGAGGGAUCCAGCGAAUCCGAAGGUCUAUACCUCAGUGAAGGUAGCCAUAGGCAAUCCUCCGCAGAACUUUGACUUGGUGGCCGACACGGGAAGUGACAACUGCGUAGUCUACGACUGUUCCUGCAAGGAAUGCCCAGAUGCUUGGGGAUCCUGCUUCACCGGCCCAGCUCGCUCAAACUCAUUCAAAUUGCCCAUGUUCAAGGUCGAUGAACACAACCCAAACAACGUGACCACGGCCCCGGCCUCCAUGGUGAUGCGCUUUGGCAGCGGCGAUAUCUCUACGAAGAUCGCAUCAGACGAGGUGCAAAUUGGCCCUUUGAAGGUUUACAUGGAGAACGGGCUGCUGCUCAUGGUGGAUCAGGCCUUGUCGCUGACGGGUCAUUUCGAAGGUAUUCUGGGCCUUGGUCGCCCACCGGACCGGGAGCGCGCCAAUCUUGCCAAGGUCCAGGUUCCAGGCUUCUUGGAGCGCGCCCACGUGCAACGCUUCUCCAUGUGUUUCAAUCACAACGCUCCAGGUGUCCUGGGAUUUGGUACUCCCACUCAUCGGAAGCCCCUGAGCUCUGUGGGCAAAGCACAUUGGUCGUUGAACUUUCACGGCAUUACCUUUGGCCAGGAGAACUCAAAGCUGAGUUUCUGCGGGUCUGGGGUGCAAUGCAGCAUCAUCCCAGACAGCGGCACCACUUUGCUGGUUGGUCCAGAAGAACCGAUUCUUAGCAUCUACGAGGCUUUGUGUAAGAGCUGGGAGCGGUGCAACAAGAUGUACGAGAAGCUGAAAAAAGAAAUGUUCCACCUGGCCGGUGCUGGGAUUGAAGUGGAGGGACUUGAAGCCCAGCCCAAGGCAAGCCUGCGUUUGUCCCCACCUGAAGGUCUCAUGGCUACGGUGGCCAAGCUUGCUGCCAGAAGCGGGGAAGAUCUCAGUCCGACGCCUGUCACGCCUGUGAACCUCACUCGGUUGCAAGAUGUUAAAGAUGUGAAAGAUGGAGCUGAUACUUUGCUUCCGAAAAAGGCACAACUUGGUGAUAAAAAUGAAAGCUAUGAAGUGUCUCCCGGAAUGACCCUUCGGCUCUUGCUCCAGCACUGCACUGAUUGGAUGAGCCAAGUGGACAUCAAUGCAGAGAUGCCUGACCUAGUCUUUCACGUCACAGACAAGAAUGGCAACGCAGAAGAACUGAAGAUUUCUCCUCGAAGCUAUGUUUUGGCCAAAACUGUGGAUGUUGAGGUGCCGGGGGUGAGUAACAUUUUCGGUAUGCGCUUGAACACGAAGCACAAAGAGAGGAAACAGGUUUGCGUCAUGGGCUUUAGCCCUGCAGACUAUCAAACGCCAACGGAUGGGCAAAUCUGGAUUCUCGGAAUGCCUCUUUUCUAUGAGUACACAGCACAUUAUGAUCGAGGGAAUGCGCCUGAAGAGGUGACCAUGGGAUUUACCUCACAACAUGAUGAAGCCUGUGAGCGCUUUGCUCGGUGCUUGCUGCUGAACAAUCGGCUUCCCGAAGGCUUGACCCCUGCAAGUUGCAAAGGUGUCCACAUUUGCAAGCAACGGCUCCGGAACUUGUCUGACGUGCAGAAGGGCAAUGAUGAGUGGCAACCAUUCCUGAGCAUGUCCAAGCGAAUAAGCCAUCAUGCUGGUGUACUGCAUGAAAUGGAGGGCAUUUUGAUGUCAGUUCAUACUGCUGAAAACAAGAGAUCGGAGAGUCAAGUAUCUGAUGCUGCUGCCAUCCUUCAUGGCUGUGACUCCAUGCUGCAACUCCUCAGUGAUUUGGAGAAUGGUGAGCGAGACGAGCUCACACCAGAAAACGGACCUCAAGAAUGGGCCAAGAAGGCCUUGGAGGUUGCUGAUGGGCUGUUGGAUGAAGACCCGCGUUGGCCAGAUUCUCACCAUUGGAGGGCGCGCAGCUUGGUUCGCCUGCAGCAACGUCAAGAGGCACGGAAAGCCUUGAAGAUGGCACAGCUUUGCGCGGAGGAGAAAGGCGGAACGCAUAAUCUGACAGAGGAACUCUUGGAUGGCAUGCGGGCCAUUGAUCAGCAGAAGGAGAGAGGCAACAACGCCUACAGAGCUCAACAGUGGAGCAUGGCGAAGGAGUGCUAUGACCUGGCGAUUGCGGCGGAUUCUUUGCGAAUGGAUGUGGAGCUCAGUGCCCAGCUGUACUGCAAUAGAGCUGCAGUUCAGGCGAGGCUUCACAAGCGGGAUGCGGCGCUGCAGGAUGCCACUAUGGCUUUGCGCCUGUGUCCAUCCUACGGGAAAGCACGCUUUCGACGUGGCAUCCUCUACAUGGAACUAGAGCGCUAUGCUGAAGCAGCGCGAGACUUUGAAAUCCUGUUUCGAGAAACGCCAGGGUUUGACGGUUUGGCCGCUUGGCGGGCAAGGGCGACACGCUGGGCUGUUCGGCCUCCUACGCGGAACUUCUAUGCCAUUCUGGGCAUUGACUUUGGGGCUUCUGCUGCAGACAUCAAAAAGGCGUACCGGAAGAUGGCCCUGAAAUGGCACCCAGACAAGAACGUCGAUCGUGCCGAAGAAGCAGCUCAAAAGUUCAAGGAGGUUCAAGAGGCAUUUGAAGUUUUGUCAGAUCCAGCACGUCGUCAAGAGCUUGAUGGGUUUGAGGCAGACCUCUGUUGCCUUGCAACAGCAUUGCCGUACGACACCCAUCCCUGUGCAAGUGGCCGAAGUUGUGCGAAAAGUGCCUCACUGCCAAAAGAGACAGCAGCCAAGAUUUGGCAGUUCCUG